ACGACGUCCGUGUUUAUGCUUUAACGUGUGUUUACGUUGCAUCCAGCAUCCUAAUAUAUAACCGAUAUUUUCCAGUCAGAGAUUGAAUCACAGCAAAUGAUUUAACCGUGUUUGUAGAUGGUGCAGUAGAGUGUCCUGAAGACUCCAGAUCCUCCACUUGCUCCCCCUGUUGAUCCAGACCCAUAUAAUGUGGCCCCCCUAUACCUAUCAUCACCUGCUAGCCUUCCUCCUCACGUUCCUCAGCUAUGUCCUGCUUCACUCGUCACGAAAGACUUUUAGUAAUGUGAAAGUGAGCAUCUCAGCACAGUGGACUCCAUCAGCAUUGCAGCAGAAUGGCAGCACUUCGUCUUUGUCUCCUGGGGAGACAUGGGAGGAAAACAAACUGUUUGCUGAUGUGGGAGAGGCCACACUGUUCCUGGGUGCUCUGGACUCAAUCUUUCUCUUCUCUUAUGCUAUGGGUUUGUAUAUCAGUGGAGUAAUUGGUGAUCGGUUCAACCUUCGCUAUGUUCUGUCCUUUGGUUUAUGUGGAUCCGCUGUCACGGAAUUUGUGUUUGGCACUUUGACAGAAUGGCUUCACUUUUAUAACAUGUACUUUUACUGCAUCUUGUGGGUGAUAAAUGGACUGCUGCAAUCUACAGUUUGGCCCUGUGUUGUGGCCAUCAUGGGCAACUGGUUUGGAAAAUCUGGGCGAGGCUUUAUUUUUGGACUUUGGAGUGCAUGUGCGUCCGUGGGGAAUAUUCUGGGUGCGUUUCUUGCCUCCAGUGUCCUGAAGUAUGGCUAUGAGUAUGCUUUUCUCGUGACAUCAGUGGUGCAGUUUGCAGGUGGUGUGGUGGUGUUUUUUGGCCUGCUUACAUCCCCAAAAGAAAUUGGACUAAGUGACUACUCUGAGACAGGUCUGAGAUCAGUGACAAGAGACUCAGACAGUCAGCGUCCUCUGAUGAGUGAUGAUGAAGAUGAGUUAUGUGAUGAUUACUCCAUACAGCAGCGGGAUGAGGAGCCUGAACCACAGCCCAAAGCCAUCGGCUUUCUCCAGGCCUUCUGCCUGCCAGGUGUCAUUCCUUAUUCUCUGGCCUAUGCAUGUCUGAAGCUGGUCAACUACUCUUUCUUCUUCUGGCUUCCAUUUUAUCUCAGCAACAACUUUGGCUGGAAGGAGGUUGAGGCCGACCGGCUAUCUGUGUGGUAUGAUGUGGGAGGCAUUGUUGGAGGAACAGUACAAGGCUUGAUCUCAGAUGUUUUGGGAAAGCGAGCUCCUGUGUUAGCGAUCAGUUUGCUGCUGGCCAUGGGAGCGUUAGUGGGAUACAGCCACUCUCCAAAUAACCAGCUGGUAAAUGGAGCUCUUCUAGCAGCAACAGGUUUCCUUAUCGGAGGCCCAUCAAACAUAAUCAGUUCAGCGAUUUCUGCAGAUUUGGGUCGACAGGAAGCACUGCAGAAUAGUCAGGAGGCUUUGGCCACAGUCACAGGAAUAGUGGACGGCACAGGCAGCAUUGGAGCUGCAGGGGGACAGUAUCUGGUAUCACUUAUUGAGAGCAAAUUAGGAUGGAUGUGCGUCUUCUAUUUUUUCAUAAUCAUGACAGGGUGCAGUGUACUCUUCAUCAUUCCACUCCUUUACUGUGAAAUCCGCUCCUUGUGCCGAGACAGUCAAGCUCGAACGCAUCAGCUCUGAGUUGGACUUCCUUUGCCUGAAUCUGAAUGGA